GUUCAAAAACAUCAUGUACUAAUGGGAUAAGUCUGAACUACACCUUGCCCAUGUUUACCGAGUGUGGGACUAGUCAACAUCCAACUGGUAUGAUGAUACAAACUAUCCCAAAACUCAUUCCUCAUUCACAUUCUGAUCAAAGUGAAUGCCGUGGAUCAAAGAGAAUGGAAGGUAACUCUUCUGGAUUUCGUGUCUGCAGAUUUCCAGAUUGUGACAAACAACCUUGUGAAAACGGCUGGUGUGAAGAGACUAAGAAAGGGUACAGAUGUCACUGCCCGACGGGAUUUCAAGGAAGGCACUGUAAUGAAGAAUCUGUUCAUGGUUCGAAUAAUACAGAGACACUUCAGUCGGAAUUAUUGACUGGUGGUAGGCCCAAGCAAGAAUCAAGAGGUAUGGUCUUCGUGACAGAUCCAAAAGCGGAGAAAAUCUUUGUUGCAGAGCUACAGGAUGAAUUACUGUUCACUCCCAUCGCAUCUACAUUGCGACCACGUGGAAUAACGUACGAUCCGGUAUCGAAGAAGAUCUACUGGACCGAAGGGCAAGUGAGACGUAUUGUUAGAGCAGACAUUAAUGGUUCCAACAUCGAGAUUGUCACGAAGUUUUCUCCUGGUCAAUACCGACUCGGACUGGACGACAUUGUCGUUGCAGUAAAGUCCAGAACCCUGUACGUUGCUUGUCGACGGGUGAAUAGAAUAUCAUCAGUAUUGAUCGCAGAGGGCGGUCCUUUACCAUGGAAUCAAACAAAUUUCUUAACGGAAGGAAUCGUCUGGCCCAGGGCUUUGGCUGUGGACGAAGAGCAGGGGUACUUAUACUGGUCGAUGGAAAAUACAAUAGCACGGACAUUUCUCAAUGGAUCAGGACAGGUUGAAGUGAUCUAUAUGAAUAACGAGCUGCAGAAUUUCACUGGGCUAACGAUUGACCUCAGAAGACAGGUACGCCGGAUUUUCUUCUACGACUCCACCAAAAAGAGAAUCUGGUAUAAAGAUGCUAUCCGAUCUACGACUUCAAAUGACCUAUCAUCUGCCUCGGAAUACCUUUCUGAUGAGAAUAGGAUGAUUGUUAAGAGAGUUAGGCACAUUUCUUUCUUUAAUAAUGUGUUAUUCUGGCUGCAUGGGGACGAAUCGACUGGUAUUGGUUUGAUGACCGAGUAUGAUCAAGAUAAUCAAUCCUAUAUCCGUCAAGAUAUAGAUAUCUUUGAAAACCCAUAUCGAAUGCAUAUUGCCUACACAGGAGAUUGACUUUUAAAACAUUUUUCAUAAUUUCGAAGAUGAAUCUUUUUAGCCAUAAGGAGCAUAUACUUUCUGUGAAAAAGUAUUUUCUUUGGGAAAUUUUCCUUAAAUUUUCAAAAUGACACCAUCAGUUCCCCCUUACACAUUCGAUUUACUGUAUCAAGGUAUCAAUAUUUCAAAUAACAAGUA